CUUUCACCAACAAGUUCCAGAAAUUUUUGUUCAUAUAAAAUAAGUUACUAAAAAAAAUGCAACACACUCAAUCUUCAGAUCUUUCAAAUCAAGAUAUAAAGAUUCUUAGUGAUUCUCAAAGGCAUAAUUUAAACGAAUUGCUUCAACGGGCUGGGCAACGGGCAUUUGCAACAGCUCAAAACACACGCAUGCAACAGCCCAGACUUCAGAUUAAUAGCAGCAAUGCACUUAAAGAACAGAGAAUGCAUGUUAUGCUGCACCCACAACAACAGCCACAGACUGUUGUUCAAACAAACAAUCCUGUAUAUAAACAUCAUAUACAGCAAGCACAUUCAUCUUCAAUACAGAAUUCAACGCCUCAAAGGCAGUUUGUUCUGGUUCAAGCACAGCCAAACACUGGGACUUCUGUUCCUCGUACUCUUCAAGUACAGCCAGGAAACCUGAUGCAACACAUUCAAGCCAGAGAAUCUUCAACUGAUAAAUCAAUUCCUGGACAAAUUCGUCUUGGACAGACUUAUCAAUUUGAUGUAAAAAGAUCUAAUCAAAUUUCUCAUCCAAGUAGUAUCAUUCUUAAGCAAAGCCCUAAUGUGUCCAAUCAUAACCAAAAGAUAUCCCUUGGAACCAAUGACAAAGGCAAAUUUAUUCCAUUCUCAACCCUUAUUACCUCACAAGGGUCUCAACAAAUAAAUUCCACUUCUUACCCUGUAACAAACAUGACUACCAUGAGUUAUGUUGUACCCACAACCACUGCAGUUCCAUUACAAAGUAUUCCAUUAUUUUCUAUGAACACACACUCUAUUUCAUCACCAAGGAAUGGUGGACCGAUGUUAAAUACCACAUCUCAUCCAAAAUCAUCAAUGAGUAUGCCCAAUAUUAAAAGUGAGUGUCAGCCUACAAUAUCAUUGCACCGUUUACAUGAAACAGAAAAAGAUCCGUUUGACUGGGAUGAAUAUUUGAAGUUAACAAAGUCUGUAGCAGCACCUCAUUCAUCUUUUAAGCAUGUUGAAAUUAGUCUGCACAAUGGAUUCAAUCCUGGAAUGAAACUUGAAGUGUCAAAUAAAUCUGACCCAACAACAUACUGGGUGGCUACUCUUAUAUCAACAUGUGGUAGUUUACUACUUUUGAGAUAUGAUGGCUAUGGGGAUGAUAGAAAGACUGAUUUUUGGGCUGAUGUUUGUACUGCUGAUCUUCAUCCCAUUGGCUGGUGUGCUCAAAAUGGGAAAAUUUUGCAACCUCCUGAGUCAAUAAAAAAUAUGCAUGAAAAUUGGGCAGAUUUUCUAGUGAAAAAUUUAAUAGGGGCUCGCACUGCCCCAGAAAGACUUCUCAGUGGGCCAUUUAAAGGCAAAACUGUUGUUGAGAUGAUAGAAUCAAAUAUGCUUCUAGAAGUUCAAGAUUCUCAACAUCCACAACAUGUUUGGAUGGUGGAUGUAAAGAAAAAUGUUGGAGGCCGUCUUCUGCUGAGAUACAAAGGACUGUCUAAUGAUGACUCAAAAUAUGAUUUUUGGCUUUUUUAUCUUGAUGUCAGAUUGCAUCAAGUUGGAUGGGGAAAGGAGCAUCGCCUCACCAUGAAACCUCCAGAUGCGAUUCGGAGUAAAUACAGCAGUAAGGAGCAGUGGGCUUAUGUAUUGUCUGUUUCAUUAAAAGGAGUCACUGAACAACAUCUAGUUCCAAGUUGUGUUUUCCAAGAUCAAGUUAAACUGAAAUCUCACAAUAUGAAGCAGUCUUUUAAACUUGCAGUUCUGGAUCCUAUUGACCCAACAAAGAUCAGACCAGCCACUGUAGUCAAAGUGGUAAAUGACUACUUUUUUCUAGCUGAGCUCGAUGACCUAUGCAAACAGACCACCAGCUGUGCUUUCUUAUGUCAUUCUGGUUCUUCUGGAAUAUUUUCAAUUGAUUGGUGCAAAAUGAAUGAUAUACCCAUUGCUGCACCGCAAGGGUAUAAUGUUAAUUUGUUUGAUUGGGACGAGUAUUUGCGAUUAACGUGUGCUCUUGCUGCACCAGAAUCCUGUUUUUCUUACUCGAAUGAGAAACAUGAAUUCAGUCCUGGAAUGAAAUUAGAAGCAUGUAGUCCCUACAAUCUAAAUGAAAUAUGUGUUGCCACUAUUGUUAAAGUUCACGGAAAUGUUCUUCGGUUGCGUCUAGCUGCAUCUUUACCCAGUCCUGAUGGACAAAAAACAUCUCAUAUCAAAAAAUUUGUUGAUUGUUAUGUUCACUGUACAUCACAAGAUAUAUUUCCUGUGGGAUGGUGUCACUCUAACAACUAUCCUUUGUCAGCACCGACGACUUGGCGACAAAAGCCAUUUGUCCCCAGCUCUUUCAAUCAGAACUUCCCCAGCAAGAAAGUUGCAAUUAUAACUCCUGAAGUUCAAGAAAAAUUGGCUGAUGAUUCUAUGACUUCACAAUCCUUGCGAAGAAAGUUAAUCAAUCCUAGUACUGAUAGUGAGCUUUGGUGCCCUGUAAUUUGCUUUAAUUGCAAAUGCAAAAGUGGUAUUUUACUUAACGAACAUGAUCUAUCAAAAGUGCCUCGUUCUGUUGGACCUGGACAUACCGCUCUCGUUCUCAAAGAAGUGCUUACAUUAUUGGUUGGUGCUGCAGAGAGGCCACAUAAACUUUUAAAAGACUUGGAGGAUUUUACUAUGAGUAAAUGGGAUCAGCCUUGCAUUGUGAAGACCAAAUUUGAUGGAAAGAAAUAUCAGGGAACUUUGCAUGUUGUGAGCAUGGCAAGUCAGGUGCCCAAUUUCUUAAAUUCAUUAUCAUAUUUUCUCAAGUGUUGCCCAAAUUUACUAACACUACGCGAUCCAGUAACAAACUGUCCCAUGAACUGCAAAGCACAAAAAUUGAUUAGAAAGUCUAUGUCAACAAGAGGAAGAGGACGAAAAUUCAUUUUAAGAAACGAGUUUAAACCCACUGUAAAACCUGGUUUUAAGUCGUAUAUAAGCAGGCGAGGUGGACAUAAUGUCAUACGCCGAGCACCUUUCUAUCGCCAAAAAGGCUUUGGGAGAAUGAGUGCUUUCUUUACAAAAGCUUCAGGCUCCAUGAAACGCUCUGUCAACCAAGUGCCGCAGAACAAGCGCCUUUAUCUUCAAGAAAUUUUAAGAAAACGCCAAAAUAAAAUGAAGUUGCAUAAGUUAAAUCUUCGGUCAAAUCCUGUUCAGUGGACAGUCCAGGAGGUUAUGGAUUUUAUGUCAUCCACAGAUUGUGCUGAAUUCGCUGAAACUCUUUCUUCACACCAAAUUGAUGGUCAGGCACUGCUCUUGCUAACAUUACCUGUCCUUCAACAAUGUCUUGAGCUGAAACUCGGUCCUGCCCUAAAAGUGGCGAGACAGGUUGAAAGGGUUAAGAUGGCAUUUUAUGAAAAAUUUGCUGAAAACUAAAAAAACAAUCUUAAAUCAAUAAAAUUGUAGCAACGUGACCUAACAGAAUAACAAAUAGUUUUGUGAAUCAUUUAUGCAUGGUUUUGUUGCAUGAGGUUAAGGCCAUGGAAAACAACACACUAUUUUUUUUAUUUAUGUUUUGCAAGUUUCCCAGAGUCAAUAAAGAUAUAAAAGUUCA